AUGGCUGAUUCCAGGAGUCAUUUGGCGUGUCCCCGCGAAAGAAGGGGCCUUGCUGGGGAUAAGGCAGCGAGAUACGCCCGCGCCUGGGUAGAAUCAUUGAGGGUCAGCAAAGGCCAAUCAUUUGAUCUGAUAUGUAACGCUGCGUCGUCCAUGGCCCCCGGCCCCCUGUUUAAUAAACGAGUGCUGUCAUACUGCCAUCAUCAGGCCGUGUUGGACGAACGGCGGCAGCGCAGUGAGGUGGCGGAGGCACAGAGGACGCGUCAGAAGAUCACCACUGAUAAACGGAGCUUGCUCGACAGCGUAAAUAGGGCAACGGAAGUGAGAAAUCUGCCGCACGUGGAAUCCGCGCCACCAGCGCGCGGCCAGGCCGUUUCCCUAUGCCCCCCCCGAACUAGUACGGCCUUCCACUGUUGCGGUGAGAGUUUCGGCCUUCGUCCCGGCACGUGGACGUUCAGCUUUGCUUUGAUACCGCCGAGCACAGGCUCGGAGUUCCACUUGCGCACGAUGUGA